AGUAAAUUCAGUAAGCCCACGGCAGCCGUCGCGGAUUGGAGGCGCGAAUACCCGCCAAAUACUAUCAAUAUUUAUAAAUGUUUAAAGUGUGCGCGAUAAAAAGAUUCGCAAUCGCAUAUCAAUUAGCAAAACUUUUACAAUAAAACACCACUCACGGAUAAAUUAAAAGAAUGAACGAAGAAGUGAGAGAUAGAAGCCAAUGUCCAUUGAGAAAAGGGUGGGGAUUCGCCAGGAACGUGUGUGCGAGGCUCUGCAGGAGACGAGUGAGGAGGAGAGUGGCUCCAGAACACAAUACCAACGGGAAAAAUUCGGGAAGGAGCAGAGAAUCCCGCAGAAGGAUCAACCACCCUCCCGCAGCGCUGUACAGCGCUUUAGGCGAACGGAUUCGCACCAGCACGCCACCAGGGCUGCAAUGCGCGUUGUUCUGUGGCGGGUCGAGAUGCAAGUAUGAACUGCCGCAGCAAAGGGUCAAUGCUAUACAAGGAUUGUACUCUGAUUGGGUGACCGAGGACAUCCUCGCGAUGGCGCGGCCCAGCACCGCCAACAUCGCGGCUAGGAACAUCGUGCAGCAGUUCCAUAGCUGGGGCAUCCGAACAGUGAUCAACCUGCAAACUCCUGGAGAGCACUCGAGCUGCGGUCCGCCCCUCACCAACUCUGGCUUCACUUACGACCCUGCCAUCUUCAUGGCUAAUGAUAUUUAUUACUACAACUUCGCAUGGCCUGACUAUGGGGAAGCGAGCCUCAGCGGCCUCCUCGACAUGGCUAAAGUCGUCUCCUUCGCCCUGCAGGAAGGAAGAGUCGCUAUACACUGUCAUGCAGGUCUUGGCCGCACCGGUGUGCUAAUAGCCUGCUACCUGGUCUACUCUUUGAGGGUGAGAGCCAACGAUGCCAUCAGGCUGGUGCGGAAGAAGAGACCUCGCUCCGUGCAGACUUCAGGGCAGAUCCUAUGUGUACAGCAAUUUGAGCAUUAUCUCCUACCGCAGACAGUCAUGUUUAGCUCUAAAGAACCUCUGAUGUUGACCAAGGACAACAAGACAGCCGAGUUCACUUUACGCCAGUAUUUGUAUAGACAGAGGGCCACACUGCACGGCGCUGACGAGAGAGCAUUUAGACAAUUACCAAAGAUUGUGUACUGCCUCUGCGAACGUCUUCUGAAGCUCUGCGGGUGCCAGCAGAGCGUGGGUCUCGACUUCCGCGUCAGAAACCGACCGUUUUACAAAUCCUUCAUGGUGUAUCGACUGAGGCAAAAGAAGCCGCCAGACCCUUCCACUCCUGAAGAAGUCGUUACGGGAGACGUAACCGUCCUACCGAUGGUGGAGUGGCGGGAUCCAGUCGAUGAAGACAUAGAGAGGAACCUGGAGACCGUCAGCAGGCUCACCGGCACCUCGAACAACGGAAGCAUACCAGCCGUGCACAUCCACGAGGCUUUCAUUGUGGAUCACCAGAGUCUUCCAGAAGAAAAACAGAAAUAUCUAAAACAAUUUCGGAAUGACUUGAAUCAGAGAAGAGACGCAAUGGCCAAAAUCGACGAAGAGGAAGAUCCAGUAAUUCUCACAGGAUUGCUAUUCGAAUGGUUCGAGAACUUGAAGCAGCCCGUGCUGGAUAAAGAAGACCUGUCCAUCAUAGUGGGCCGAGCUUAUAAUGUGGAGUCAUGCAUAUUAGGUCUGCAGAUGGAAGACAUAAUGCUCCUAGAAUACCUACUGUAUUUCGUCAUCCGUCUCCGACCACUCGCUGCUAACAAAAAGGUCGAUAUAAUCAAACGCCUCCUUGCUUCCCUCACUCAUCAGGCAGUCACCAUCAACAGCCGAUGUCUUCCAGAUAAAGACUUCCCGAAACUCCGCGACGGCACCAGUGCGCAAGUCAUUAACUUCCUACUACGCAUGAUCAUGGAGUUACAGAAAGAUAUAAUAAAACCGGGGAGAGAUGAUACUGAUGUGAUUGUACCUAGACGGUUGAGAAUAAAGGCUUGGAAGUAAUUUUGUUUUAUCUUUUACAUAAAUACCCAUUCUCGCUACAAAAUCUCCUCCACGAAUACGAUUCCAG